UAAAAAAAACACUAUCGACAGAGUCUCUAUACAAAAUAUACAUUCUGUAAUCUACAAACAUGGCACUCAGAGCAUCACGGACACUCAUAUCCCUCAGAGUGUCUUCAAGAAGCACAGUCGCGAGAAUAGCCCCGCGAGUUUGGGGUGCAGCUGCGUCUAGAGUGCACAUUCGAGGUAACGCAACAGCGACACUGACACCGAGAGAAAUCAAGCCUUUCGAAGAACAAGUUACUUUAAAGGCCCAUUACGGUCCUCGACCAAAGAUAACGCACGAUAUCGCCGAUCUUUCCCCUUCACUCGUCGACCAAAAAGUCGUCAUCGCAGGCUGGCUCUUCUCGCAGCGACGAGCGUCUGAUAAUCUCCAUUUCUUCACGCUUCGCUCACCAUCCUCUUCUUCGGCCGUGCAACUCGUUUCACGGGACAAGAAUGUCUCGAAAGACGUAAUGGAAUACCCACUCGAAAGCGUCGUGCUCGUUCAAGGUACUGUCAAAGCUAGGAGACAAAAGGCCAAAGCUAUCAGCUCGGCCGUGGAUGAGAUUGAGCUGGAAGUGCAAGGUGUGACAUUGUUGAACCCUGCGGACCAGACUUUGCCAUUCUACCCCAACAGACCCGAAGUUGCCAAUGAGGACCUUCGAGCUCAGCAUCGUUACCUUGACCUCCGACGACAAGACCUUGCGGAUAAUCUCAAGACCAGGAGCAAGGUUGCGCACAUUAUCCGAAACUAUCUCCACGAUCAAGGAUUCACCGAAAUCGAAACGCCCAUCUUACUCAACUCGUCUCCCGAAGGAGCUCGAGAAUUCCUCGUGCCUACCCGUUCCCCCACCCCUGAAGGCGGCCAGCCCACAUUCUACGCACUCCCCCAAUCACCUCAACAACCCAAACAACUGCUCGUAUCUUCUGGCGCUAUUCCCAAAUACUACCAAAUCGCGAAAUGUUUCCGUGAUGAAGAUGGGAGAAGGGAUAGGCAGCCCGAGUUUACGCAAAUUGAUCUAGAGAUGGGUUUCGUGAGUGGGGCGGCUGAGCAGCCAAAAGGAGAAGGGGAGAUGAGGAGUACGUGGGCGAUUGGAGGGCAAGAAGUGAGAGAGGUGGUGGAAGGGAUGAUUAAGAAGAUUUGGAAAGAGGUGAAAGGCGUUGAUUUAGAGGGAUGGUUCAGGGUUAUGCCGUACGAGGUGGCUAUGGAUGUGUAUGGGUCUGAUAAACCUGAUACCAGGUUUGACAUGUAUACUUUACCUAUAGGCUAUUACCCUACACUCUCCGACGAUUCUCUCGACAAAGUCCUUCUUGAUCAAAAUCCAUAUACUGUUGAAUGGAUGGUCACCCCCGCCGCGCAAGCAGCUGGUCUCGAUAUCCCUUCCAUCGCCGGUAACAACUCUUUCAUUGAUUACGUCAAGAUCACAAGCGCCAACACCCAUUCAUGGCUCGGUGAAUCUGUCUUGACCGCUUCCCUCGGGUUGAGCUUGGACAAAUCUCUGCCUGGGGGUGUGAAUCCCGGGGACGUGAUUUGGUUAUCGAGGAGAAAGAAGAUUGCAGAAGGCGGAUGGACUCAUUUGGGAAGGUUACGAGUACAGCUCAUGGAAGCGCUUGUCGCGAAAGGCUUGAUGACCCUCCCUACUCAACCACAUUUUCUCUGGAUCACCCAAUUCCCGCUAUUUACCCUCGCCGACGAAGACAAGAUUCACCUCUCCCGCGGCCGAUAUUCUUCCACCCACCACCCAUUCACCGCACCCAUGUACGAAGAUCUCGCCGACCUGAAAGCCGGGAAAAUCGAUGGCGUCAGGGGACAACACUAUGAUUUGGUGCUGGAUGGGCAGGAGAUUGGGGGAGGGAGUGUGAGGAUACAUGAUGCCAGGUUGCAGGAAUGGGUGAUGAAAGAGGUGUUGCAGUUGGAUGAGCAAGAGAUGGGCAGGUUUGAUCAUUUGUUGAGAGCGUUGAAAUGUGGUGCGCCCCCGCACGGAGGUCUUGCCCUUGGUUUUGAUCGACUGGUGGCUAUCCUGUGCGGAGCCAAAUCUAUCCGUGACGUGAUUGCGUUCCCCAAGAGCACUACAGGCCAAGAUCCAGUGUUUAAAUCACCUUCUGUCUCUGGGAACGAGGUGUUGAAAGAGUAUGGACUGCAGAGUUUGAAAAGGGAAGAGAAGGAGUAGGUUUUCAGGUUUUAGUGUUCGAAUGGCGGGGGGGUUCGUGAGAUAGAUACGUAGAGACAAAAACUGCAGCGACUCUGAACAUUUCAUUCCGGGUCUUUUAGACAUUCAUAAUGCAAGAGCAUCACAAUU